AUGGCCGACAACUUGCACGAAAAGCCCGACCAGGGCUUGCCGUCGAGCCCAUCGUCCUCUACCAACGGUGAUGCUGUUGCCAAAGCCGCCAAGCGAGAUAGUCUUGCUCUAGAAAAGGCCAACACCCAGAUCCAAGAGCUCCCCAAACAAGACGAUAUUGACGAACAAUUCAAACACCUCCCUCCCCAUGAGGCCGAGAUCCUCAAACGCCAAAUCAUCACUCCCGAGCUGAAAAAGGGCGUGGCAGUUGUCUACCGCUACGCUUCCCGCAAUGAUCUCAUCAUUAUUGCCAUCUCGUCCAUCUGCGCUAUUGCCGCAGGAGCUGCCAUUCCUUUGAUGACGGUUCUGUUCGGUAACAUCCAAAACACUUUCCAGAGACGUCUCCUUGGUACCAUGUCGCCAGAGGAUUUCGUCGGAGAGCUCAACAAGUUUGUCCUCUACUUCGUCUACCUUGGUAUUGGUGAAUUCCUGGCCACCUACAUUUGCACGGUCGGAUUCAUCUACACGGGUGAGCACAUCAGUGCCAAGAUUCGCGAGCACUACCUCGAAAGCUGCAUGCGACAGAACAUAGGUUUCUUCGACAACAUUGGUGCUGGUGAGGUGACAACCCGCAUUACUGCCGACACCAACUUGAUCCAGGAUGGUAUCUCCGAGAAGGUGUCCCUGACUCUGACGGCCAUUGCCACCUUUGUUGCCGCGUUCGUCAUUGCCUUUAUCAACUACUGGAAGCUCACCCUCAUCCUCUCCUCUACCCUCUUCGCGCUUUUGCUCAACAUCGGUAUUGUAUCCAGUCUUAUGCUGAAGCAUAACAAGAAAUCGAUCGAUGCCUACGCCCAGGGUGGCUCCAUUGCUGAGGAAGUCAUCAGCUCUGUCCGAAACUCCGUUGCCUUUGGUACUCAGAACCGCCUCGCCAAGAACUACGAUAAGUUCCUUAUCCAGGCUGAAUACUACGGCUUCCGCGUCAAGGGCCUCAUGGGUGUCAUGAUUGGCGGUAUGAUGCUUAUCCUCUUUCUCAACUAUGGCCUCGCUUUCUGGCAAGGCUCCAAAUACAUCACCGAAGGCACCAUUCCUCUGAGCAAGAUCCUCACCAUCAUGAUGGCCGUUAUGAUCGGCGCCUUCAACAUUGGUAAUGUCGCCCCUAAUAUACAGGCUUUCACCACUGCCAUCGCCGCUGCCGCGAAGAUCUUUAACACUAUUGAUCGCCAAUCUCCUCUGGAUCCAUCCGUCGACACUGGUGAUGUUAUCGAGAACCUCCAGGGCAACAUCCGCUUGGAAGGUAUUCGUCACAUCUACCCCUCCCGCCCCGAGGUCGUCGUUAUGGACGGUGUUGACCUUGAAAUUCCCGCUGGUAAGACCACUGCUUUGGUCGGUGCUUCUGGAUCUGGCAAGAGUACCAUUGUCGGCCUGGUCGAACGUUUCUAUGACCCUGUUGAGGGUUCUAUCUUCCUUGAUGGUGUUGACAUUAGCAAGCUGAACCUCCGCUGGCUCCGUCAGCAGAUGGCUCUUGUUAGCCAAGAACCUAUCCUUUUCGGCACCACGAUCUACCAAAACAUCCGCUACGGCUUAAUUGGCACUGUCCAUGAAAACGAGAGUGAAGAGAAGCAGCGCGAGCUUGUUUAUGAAGCCGCCAAGAUGGCUAAUGCUCACGAUUUCGUUUCCAGUCUCCCUGAAGGCUACGAAACCAAUGUUGGUGAACGCGGUUUCCUGCUUAGCGGUGGCCAGAAGCAGCGUAUUGCCAUUGCCCGUGCUGUUGUCUCCAACCCUCGCAUUCUUCUUCUCGAUGAGGCCACAUCCGCUCUUGAUACCAAGUCUGAGGGCGUCGUCCAGGCUGCCCUUGAGAAGGCCGCUGCUGGCCGAACCACCAUUACCAUUGCCCACCGUCUGUCUACUAUCAAGGAUGCCCACAACAUUGUCGUCAUGACUACCGGCCGAAUCGUCGAACAAGGUACUCACGAUGAUCUUGUCGAGCGCAAGGGAGCAUACUACAACUUGGUCUCCGCUCAAAACAUUGCUGCCGCGAACGAACUCACCCCCGAGGAAGAGGCUGCUAUUGAUGCCCAAGAUUCCGCUCUUAUCCGCCGCAUGUCCACAAACAAGGGUGAAGGCUAUGUAUCUGACCCGGAUGACAAUAUCCAGUCCAAGCUUAACCGAACCGAAACUACAAAGUCUGCCUCCAGUGUCGCCCUUCAGGGACGCCAAAAGGAAGUUGAGCAAAAAGACAGCCUGUGGACACUGAUCAAGCUGAUUGCAUCUUUCAACGCCCCUGAAUGGAAGCUCAUGGUUUUUGGUCUCUUCUGGUCCAUUAUCUGCGGUGGAGGCAACCCAACUUCUGCUGUCUUCUUCGCCAAGCAAAUUAUCACUCUUUCUUACGGUCUCAAAGAUGAUGAGCUGAAGGAGACACCAGAACAACAACAUCAGCUGCUCAUGGAACGUGGUCGCGCCGCCAAGCAUGAGUCUGACUUUUGGAGUGCCAUGUUCCUCAUGCUUGCCUUUGUUCAGUUUAUUGCCUUUACAUGCCAGGGUGUUGCUUUCGCCAUCUGCUCUGAACGUUUGAUUCACCGUGUUCGUGACCGGGCUUUCCGCACUAUGCUUCGUCAGGAUGUCGCCUUUUUUGACAAGGAUGAAAAUACUGCUGGUGCCCUUACUUCUUUCCUCUCCACCGAAACUACACACGUCGCCGGUCUGAGUGGUGCCACCCUCGGCACGAUUAUGCUUACUGUUACCACGCUUGUUGCUGCCAUUGCCGUUUCUACUGCUAUUGGAUGGAAGCUUGCUCUGGUUUGCAUUGCUACCAUUCCUGUUCUGCUUGGUUGCGGUUUCUUUCGUUUCUGGAUGCUUGCACACUUCCAGCGCCGAUCCAAGGCAGCGUAUGCAGCUUCCGCCUCAUACGCCUCCGAAGCCAUCUCCUCUAUCCGCACAGUUGCUGCUCUCACCCGUGAACAAGACGUGUUGAACCAGUACCGCAACUCGCUUGCCAUUCAGCAACGCCGCAGUCUCAUCUCUGUUCUCAAAUCGAGCUUGCUCUACGGUGCUUCUCAGUCGCUCAUGUUCCUGUGCUUUGCUCUUGGUUUCUGGUACGGCGGUCAGUUGAUUGGUAACAGCGUCUACACCCAGUUCCAGUUCUUCCUCUGCUUCAUGUCCGUUGUCUUCGGCGCCCAGUCUGCUGGUACCAUUUUCUCGUUCGCUCCUGAUAUGGGCAAGGCUCACCAUGCUGCCCAAGAGCUCAAGAUUCUGUUUGAUCGCAAGCCUACCAUUGACUCCUGGUCCGAAGAUGGUAUCCCAGUGACUGAGGUUGACGGUACUGUUGAGUUCCGUGAUGUUCACUUCCGCUAUCCUACUCGCCCUGAGCAACCAGUUCUUCGUGGCCUUAACCUCACCAUUCGACCUGGCCAGUACGUUGCUCUUGUUGGUGCCUCUGGCUGCGGUAAGAGUACUACGAUUUCGCUUCUGGAACGCUUUUACGACCCCUUAGCCGGUGGAAUUUUCGUUGACGGCAAGGAAAUCAGCACGCUCAACAUUAACGACUACCGAUCAUUCAUUGCUCUCGUCAGCCAGGAACCAACUCUCUACCACGGCACUAUCCGCGACAACAUUCUUUUGGGUACUCCCAAGGAGGACGUCUCGGACGAUGCUAUUGAGUUUGCCUGCCGUGAGGCCAACAUUUACGAGUUCAUCAUGUCUCUGCCCGAAGGCUUCAACACUGUCGUUGGCUCCAAGGGUGCUCUCCUCAGUGGUGGCCAGAAGCAGCGUGUUGCUAUUGCCCGUGCCUUGAUUCGCGACCCCAAGAUUCUUCUUCUUGAUGAGGCCACUUCUGCUCUCGACUCCGAGUCUGAGCAUGUUGUACAGGCUGCUCUCGACAAGGCUGCCAAGGGCCGCACCACCAUUGCUGUUGCCCACCGUCUGAGCACCAUUCAGAAGGCUGAUAUCAUCUACGUCUUUGACCAGGGCCGCAUUGUUGAGGCCGGUACUCACUCGGAGCUGAUGCGCCAGAAUGGCCGUUACGCUGAGCUUGUCAACCUUCAGAGUUUGGGCAAGCACUGA